GAUGAUGACAACAUCAGCACUUUAUCCAAAAUGGCAGAAGUGAAGCAGUCUCCCAGAUUGGUCUCCCUUGGUCUAACCUCACCCCAGGUCCGUGAGGUCAUCACCCGCUAUGUCCAGCAGUAUAUGAACGUUUGCACCUUUAGGCCAACAGCUGGGACUGUAAAGGCUCCAGUCACAUUGAUCAGGGGCCGGCAGAACCAGAAAGGCUCCAAGAUGCCGGGGGAUUAUGGAUUGUCUAAGGUGUACGAGGGAGGGGUGGCAGUCCACAUUCUCAACACCCCACAUGGCACCGUCCUCCAAAAGAUGGCUGACGAAGUCAUGGCAACGAUCAACGCUACAGUGGAAAAGGCCAAGACAGCAGGCUAGAACUCAGAUUGUGACUUUAUGGUGUCUGUAUUGCAGACAUUAAAAGAAAAAACAUACUUUUUUUCAUGUCAAGACAUAUCAUUCAUUGGUUAAUUAAAAUGAUUGGAUUAAAACUUGAAUAAUUA